CGUAAGUACCAUUUUUGUUGUUUAUUUGUGAAAUUCAUACUCUAGAGAUAAAUCAACGCGUUUUCUUUUAUUUAUUUGCGUCAACAAAUCUCUCAAUUCUUUUUACUUUUCAAGUUAGAUUUUCGCCCCUUUUCGUAAUUUUAACAAGCGACUUCUAUAAAAAAAAAAAGGCAAUAAUCCAAUUAGCAUAGCAGUAAAAUGGAUCCUCCUCAAGGAAAUACGGUGGUUUAUGUAGCUCUUGGAAACGAACGAGAAGAGGGUUUCAAGACCUUGAGAUGGACACUGCAAAAAUGGAGAUUUCAUCCACUUUCCAUUAUCAUUCUCCACAUAAACAUUACCAAAGACAUUGUUAACACCUUUUUUGGAAAGAUGCAUGCAAAUUAUAUAAGUGAGGAGUUAUUAGAACUUAUCAGAAAGAAAGAACAAGAAAAUAUCGAUAGGCUACUUUCCCAGUACAUAGCUUUUUGUGGGAAGGUGAAAGCUGAAAUUUUCAAGGUUGAGAAAUAUGAUAAGCCUAUCCGUGAACUCAUCAUAGAUUUGAUUUCAGGACUCCAUAUAACCAACUUCGUUAUGGGACUCACUUCCAUGAAAUCUUCAUCUCGGAAAACAAAAACCUCCAUUAGUGGUUGUUUUUACAUUUAUCAACAGAAGCCUGAAUUUUGUGAGCUGUUCAUUGUAAGUGGUGGAAAACAGAUACUAAUGAGAGAAGAAAAUUUUGGUGACUCAAUUCCAUUAGCUCCAAAUACAGAUUCUCCCAAUUCGCAAAAUCAGUGGGAAUGUUAUACUCAAGAAAUUGACAACUAUUUUCAACAUUUAUUGUCUCUGAAUUUGGAUGAAGAAUUCAUAGAUAAUUGUGAGCCAGAGAAUAAUGAUAGUAGUCCAAUAGACGCAGAGAUGGAGAAUCUACAAACCUCCAAUUUGAGUGUUGCAGAGAAAUCUCAAUGUCUGAGAACAAAAAUUCAAGAAAGAAAGGAGAAAAUCCAAUCAAAAAGAGAUGAAGUUAAGGCCAAUGCUCAAAGGCAUGCAAAAGCAGAAAGGGUCAUUUGUUUAUGCAAUGAAAGGGUGCAAGGACUCGAAAAUCUAAUAGAAAAAGGGGGAACGAAUAAAUCGAAAUUGAAGGAGGAACUAGAUAACACGACAGAAUUACUCAACGAAGCCAUAGUCGAAGUGGAAGAAAGUAAGAGGAGUCUAAACUCAUUUCUUAAGCUUCGGUACGAUCUCUCCGACAAGCUCCGGAGAUUGGAAAUGGCUAAAUCAAAAGGCGAGGCAGAGUUACAAAUGUUGGUUGUGGAACGGGAGGCGAUGGUGGAGGAAAUCGAUGUGCUACGGCGGCAAAAAGAGGUUUUCCAGCGGAGGAUUCAGUUCUAUAGAGAGGCGGAAGGAGAGAAUAACAGAAUGGUAGAAAGGUGCAACUUGAGGGAGUUUUCUGGUGAGGAGAUCAGAUUGGCCACUGAAGAUUUUUCAGAUCGUUUGAGAAUCAUGUCGGGUGGAGAUUUUAGCAGUGUUUACAAAUGCCGCAUCAAUCUUCAAACUGUCGCCAUUAAAAUGAUGACCUCAUCACCUAACAAUGCACAACUCACUCAUCAAGAUUUUCAACUAAAGGUGAAGUUUCUCGGAAACAUUAGGCACCCUCAUUUGAUUGCUACAAUCGGAUUUUGCUUAGAGCCGCAAUGCAUUGUUUUCGAAUACAUGCACAGUAGUUCUCUCAAGGACAUUAUAUUCUCAUCGUCUUCUUGUGGAGCUGCAAAUCGGGCCCUCUCGUGGCACACUCGAGUCCAUGUUGCAGCACAGGUUUGUUCUGGCCUGUGCUAUCUCCACAUGGCCCAACCCAAACCCAUAAUCCAUGCCCACCUCACAGCCUCCAACAUUCUCCUCGACCGCAACCUCAUUGCCAAGAUUGGUGGGUUUGGGCUUGCCCAAGCCCACGAUGAAACCCAUAUUGGAUCAGAUAUACAUGCCUUUGGGCUUUUGCUUCUUCAGCUCUUGACUGGGAGGAAUUGGGCUGGGCUUGUAGACGAAGCUAUGUUUGUUGACAAGGCUGCCCUUGUCCAAGUCUUGGAUGAGACAAGUGGAGCGUGGCCAUUGGAUCUUGUGGAGAGACUUGCCUUGUUGGCAUUCAGAUGUUUGGGCUCAAGCGUGGGGCCCACAAAUUUGAAGGUGGAAGUGUUGAUGGAAGAGCUUGAAGAGUUAAGGAAAAAGGGUGAUGAAUUAGUUGAUAGAAGAGGAGGUGAGAUCAUGAGUGAUGGAGGACAUGAGUCUUCUGAAGUACCCUAUGUGUUCCUUUGCCCCAUAUACAAGGAUGUGAUGAUAAAUCCACAUGUAGCGGCAGAUGGGUUUUCAUAUGAAAUGGAAGCUAUGGAAGCAUGGAUGAGAAUGGGAAAGGAUACUUCACCCAUGACAAACUUAAAACUCAAACACAACUUCCUCAUCCCUAAUAACUCUCUCCGCUCUCUCAUUACAGAUUGGCAUAUUAAAAGAUCCAUUCUACCACCUUAAUUUAGUAAUAAUAUUCAACGAUUUAAUCAAAAAAUUAUAUAUUGUAUUGUAUUGACAAAGAGAUAAUUUACCAUGUACUAGCUUGUAUUUGAGUGAAAAAAAAGCUAUUACAUAAUUCUAGUUUAACACUUAACUAA